AUGAUAACUGAAAAACAAGCAUAUUGUAAUGGAAAUCUUAUAUCUUACAAUAAAUAUUGCGUUAUUUUGCGACAAGUAGUAAUAAACAUAAACAAAUCUUCAUCUUUUAGUAAAGGCGGUGAGAAUAUAAGUGAGGUAAUUUCACAAAAAGAACAAGAUGAGCUCAUUGAAACAAAACCAGGAUUUUUUCAAAUGCAUUGUGAUACAAAACCAAAUAAGACAUUUUUCAACAAGGUUGGUCAUUUAAAGAAUUGGGCUGACUCGUUAGAAAUUACAAGUAAGGUUCGGUCUGCAACUAUAACAGAAGAUCUUCUUACGAUUGCUAUUGUACGGUAUGACUACGCCAAUUUAUACUGGGUCAUGGUAGAUGUCUAUAAUAUAUUCUUUAUAACAUCGAUUCUAGAAAUAAAUCCAGAAAACAUUCACAUUUUGAUUGUAGACACACAUCCAAUAUCGAUUGUUGACAAAAUAUGGACCUUGUUAUUUCCAAAAGUCACCAGCAUUGGCCAUUACGGAUCGAACGACACAAUCAUGUUUAAGACACUCCUAUGGGGAUUGCACAGGGGAGAAAGUCCACUUCUGAAAAACGGAAAUUUUAGAUCGUUCCCUUUUCUGGAAGAAUUUAGAAAUUUUGUUUUAUUAAAGACAUCUUAUCGUCGAAUAACACAUCCUAUCAAUUGUUAUAACUUGACAAUAACAAUAGUCUUACGGAGGGAUUAUGUUGCACAUCCAAGAAAUCCAUCUGGGAAAGUAGGUCGCAAAAUAGCAAAUGAAAUUGAACUAUUGAAUAAAGUUUCGAUAGCAUUCAGAAAUCACAGUGUUAGAGGCAUUCAACUUGAUCAUUAUACCGUUGAUGAACAGAUUCGACUAACUUCGCAAACAGACAUUCUUGUUGGCAUGCACGGGGCAGGACUGUCGCACGUGUUGUUUAUUCCUAAACAUGCGUCACUGAUUGAGUUAUUUCCAAGUACUUAUUCAACCAUCAGUCACUUCGAGUUUAUAGCUAGAUGGCGAAGAAUAAAUUAUUUCAAGUGGAAAAAUUUAGACCGAAAAAUGGAAGUGGAUAAAUACACAACUAAAGUAGAUGUUAAAGUUGUGACUGAUUUAUUGUUGCAAGCACAAAAAAGAAUGUGCUCAUAA